AUGCGCCGGGGGUUGUGCUGGCUCAACGCUGAGAAUCCCGACGCGGGGCCGGUGAUGGCCCAGCCAGGGUCCGGCUGCAAAGCGACCACCCGCUGCCUUGAAGGGACCGCGCCACCCGCCAUGGCUCAGUCGGACGCCGAGGCCUUGGCGGGCGCUCUGGACAAGGACGAAGGUCGGGCCUCCCCUUGUACACCCAGCACGCCAUCUGUCUGCUCACCGCCUUCCGCCGCUUCCUCCGUGCCGUCCGCCGGCAAGAACAUCUGCUCCAGCUGCGGCCUCGAGAUCCUGGACCGGUAUCUCCUCAAGGUCAACAACCUCAUCUGGCACGUGCGGUGCCUCGAGUGCUCCGUUUGUCGCACGUCGCUGAGGCAGCAGAACAGCUGCUACAUCAAGAACAAGGAAAUCUUCUGCAAGAUGGACUACUUCAGCCGAUUUGGGACCAAGUGUGCACGGUGCGGCCGACAGAUCUAUGCCAGUGACUGGGUGCGGCGGGCACGCGGCAACGCCUACCAUCUGGCCUGCUUCGCUUGCUUCUCGUGCAAACGCCAGCUGUCCACGGGCGAGGAGUUUGGUCUGGUCGAAGAGAAGGUGCUGUGUCGCAUCCACUACGACACCAUGAUCGAGAACCUCAAGAGGGCCGCCGAGAACGGGAACGGCCUCACGCUGGAGGGGGCAGUGCCCUCGGAACAGGACAGUCAGCCCAAGCCAGCCAAGCGCGCGCGGACGUCCUUCACCGCUGAGCAGUUGCAGGUUAUGCAGGCGCAGUUCGCGCAGGACAACAACCCCGACGCACAGACGCUGCAGAAGCUUGCGGACAUGACGGGCCUCAGCCGGAGGGUCAUCCAGGUGUGGUUUCAAAACUGCCGGGCGCGUCAUAAAAAGCACACACCGCAGCAUCCCGUGCCGCCCUCCGGGGCGCCGCCGUCCCGCCUCCCUUCCGCCCUGUCCGACGACAUCCACUACUCCCCGUUCAGCAGCCCCGAACGGGCGCGCAUGGUCACCCUGCACGGCUACAUUGAGAGUCAGGUACAGUGUGGGCAGGUGCACUGCCGGCUGCCUUACACCGCACCCCCCGUCCACCUCAAAGCCGAUAUGGAUGGGCCGCUCUCCAACCGGGGUCAUCCUUUUCCAGUACUAGCACCGUUGGCCCUUCUGCAUCCGUCCACGGGCGCCCCACAACUGCCCCGCAGCCGCCGGAAGCCUGUGUCCGAGCCACUGCCAGGGGCCCACCCGCUCCGCACCCGCCCCUCGCCCGCCAUCCUGCCCGCUGCCAGCCGGGCCCCUGGGCCUGGCCUUCCCUUCUCCUGCUGAGACCCAGAACCUGCCAAGAGCACUGCGGAGUCCUCCUCUCGGAAGGCAGAGCUCCCUGAAAUUUGGAAUCAGGGCGAAAACAACGGCCUGUGUUUCCAUUUAGACAGGAGUCAUCUUCAACUUAAGCUGAUUACAAUAGCAAAAGGCCAAAUUGAACCAUGCAACGCCAACAGCCUUCUAAUUAACAGGUUUUCUUUCCUCCCAUAUUGGCCUUUAUUUACUACUUCCUUGCAACCAUCUCUGAAUUCUGAAUAGCCGACAACCCCCCAAUGUUAUCCACUCUGUUGCUUUUGUCUGGAAAACUUUACAGUGUUUGUGGGAUGUCCCCAAAGGAAAGCUAUGUUCUAAUUUUAUCAUUUCCAUCUGUCUGGUUAUGUCAAGUUAAUUCAGAGAGAGAAGAGACACUGACCAACCCUGAGAGGCCCAACAGGGCAGAGAUGGAGGCCUGCCCAGACCAAGAGGCAGGGGAUCGGCAGGGACUGGGUUUGGGGGGGGCAGUGGCAAAUGCUUGCAUUGGAGAAGGAUGUGGCCUACUGGGCUGGGGGAGGCACGAGCUAUUUUAAGGAGAGGAAAGAGAAAACUCGGGUAUGUAGGGGAGACUCUGUUCCUACCUAGUUAUCCAGCGUAUAUUGGCAGAGAUGGUGUUUGGUAUGCAUGACGGCAUUUCUGAAUGUUUGGGGCUUAGAAUUGGGGGCCCUCACUGGCUACUUGUUGACUCCUUAUAGGGGCGUUUGGAUCAUGUCUUCCUUGAAGGGGCCACUCAAUGGUGGUAGGGGGAGAGUUGGAGAAAUGGAGCCCUGGGAAAUGGCAGUAAAAAUGUAGAGUCUGAACCUGGCUCUGAGUAGGGAGAGGGCACCUGCCUAGGUGAGUGUGCCAAGCCUAGAGACCCAGGGGGCACUCAUGGGCUUCCCCACCACCUCUGCUCAGAGGCAGCCCCACCCACUCCGGAGAAGGCAGGCCAGACACAGCUGUGCUCACAUCCACCCUGUUCAGCUGCAACUUUUCCACCCCAAACAAAAGGGCUUGGGCUGCACAAGACCAUGAUUUAUGUUUUCGGGGGACACCCAUUUAUCCCAAGCUUCUCCUGUAAUUUCAGAAUUGCUUGGUGUCCUGAUGCAUUUCCCACUAGAGGCUGCUAGUAGGCCUGCUCUAGCCUGAAUCCUCCCUCCUGCUUUGGUUAGCCUGAUCUGUUGCUCUUGGAAAGAGACCCUAGGACAGGGAAAGCAAGUUCAUGGCACAUAGGUAUCCGCUGUCCCUGUUGUCAGAGGUGGUAGGCGUUACUAAUCGAUUGCACCUCUCUGUCUCUCUGAGUCUGGAUAAGGUUUCCAUAUCCACAUGCUUGAAGUUGGCACUUAAAACAAAAACCUAUUUGCCUUUCUUGCUCUGGGACCUGGAGGAUGGCCAGGCGCGGGUAUGGCCUAAGUUGGGAACCGGCUUCCUUUCCCUUCUGAAGACUGUUCCAGGUGACUCAGGGCCAAGAGAAGGUAGCACCAGAAUGCGGCCAGUGCAGCUCAGUUCAGAGCUCAUCCACUGAACGGCUUGUACCUGGCCACGCACAGGGUGCUGAUGUCAACAAAAGGAGCUCGGGCCUGAUCCCUGGUGAUUGGGGAGCUCUGUUCCCAUUGAGUUUUGCUCCUGACGUUGAAGCUUUGAGCACAGCCAUGUGGUAAGUGGCCAGUCAACCCCUGCUCAAGUGGGUCACCUAGUACCCACUCUGCCUUGAGCCUCCCCCGCACCCCAGGGUCUGUUCCUUGCGUGGAUCACGUGGUUGUAGCAUGUUGCCAUUCAGACAGGUCUCCGCUAGCCUGUUAGAGCAGCCUGGGAACACACAGGCCACCAAGACUAUUUAUUUAAAUACAAAACAGAGGGAGAAAACACACACACGGAAAAAAAAAUUGUAAGCACUUUUUUUUGUAAAACCAAUGUCUGUUUUGUUACAUACCUUUCAUGUUGUGCUUUGUAAAUGUCCUAUUUGUGUAAUAAAUAAAGUUAAUGCAAGUAGAAGUGCUGGCACUUAAAUCCAGAA